GGGCGGGCCGCCCCUGUCCGCGGCGCGGUGUCCCCUCUGCCCGGCCUCGGUGGAAGACGCGCUGCGGGGCCGAGAGGCUUACAAAAGGCUUUUGACCUAGAAAUCACCAAGAGCUGCUCCAGAGUAGGCCAUCAGAAGUGCACUCAAGCUGACUCAAGAAAGCUGGAAGUGAGAAGAGAGCUACAGACCAGACACAUCAAGGACACAGAGCUGCUGAGCGGGUCCACCAAGCUGAUCGGCUCACUCGGGGAAGCUGAACCAUCUCUCUCCAGAAAUGUCUUCGGAAGGUAAAGAGCAGCAUGACAUGUCACUCAGAGACUCAGUGGAAGGAAUUGACCAGCUUCCAUCUGGGAUCCAUCUGGAGCCUCAAAAGGAAUCAAGUACUGACUUCAGGCAAUUUGAGAAAAGUGAUCACUGCAGACCUUAUCCUAGGAUCCAUAUGGAACCUCAAGAAAAGUCAAAUACUAACUUCAAGCAGUUUGUCAUCAAAAAGCUACAGAAGAGCUGCCACUGCAACCGAACCAAAGCAAAACAUAUGAUUUUUGAUUUCCUUCCUGUUUUGCGGUGGCUCCCAAAAUAUGAUAUAAAGAAAAACAUUUUAGGAGAUGUGAUGUCUGGCUUGAUUGUGGGCAUCUUAUUGGUGCCCCAGUCCAUUGCUUAUUCCCUCUUGGCUGGCCAAAAACCUAUCUAUGGUCUGUACACAUCUUUUUUUGCCAGCAUCAUUUAUUUCCUGUUUGGUACUUCCCGUCACAUCUCUGUGGGCAUUUUUGGAGUACUGUGCCUUAUGAUUGGUGAGGUAGUUGACCGAGAACUUCACAAAGCUGGCUAUGACACUGCCCAAAUUGAUCCUUCUUUAGGAAUGGUUUCAAAUGGGACCACAUUAUCAAACCACACAUCAGACACGAUAUGUGACAAAUAUUGCUAUGCAAUUAAAGUUGGCAGCACUGUAACCUUUAUGGCUGGAGUUUAUCAGGUAGUGAUGGGCUUCUUUCAAGUGGGCUUUGUUUCUGUCUACCUCUCAGAUGCCUUGCUGAGUGGAUUUGUCACGGGUGCCUCCUUCACUAUUCUUACAUCUCAGGUCAAGUAUCUCCUUGGGCUCAGCCUUCCUCGGAGUCAUGGCGUGGGUUCACUCAUCACUACCUGGAUCCACAUCUUCAGAAACAUCCAUAAGACCAAUAUCUGUGAUCUCAUCACCAGCCUUUUGUGCCUUUUGGUUCUUGUGCCAACCAAAGAACUCAAUGAGCACUUCAAGUCCAAGCUUAAGGCACCAAUUCCUACCGAACUCAUUGUCGUGGUGGCAGCCACGUUAGCUUCUCAUUUUGGGGAACUAAAUAAGAAGUACAAUUCCAGUAUAGCUGGACAUAUUCCCACUAACUUUAUGCCACCCAAAGCACCAGACUGGAACCUCAUUCCCAGUGUGGCUGUAGAUGCAAUAGCUAUUUCCAUCAUUGGUUUUGCCAUCACUGUGUCACUCUCUGAGAUGUUUGCGAAGAAACAUGGCUACACAGUCAAAGCGAAUCAGGAAAUGUAUGCCAUUGGCUUUUGCAAUAUCAUCCCUUCCUUUUUCAAUUGCAUCACUACCAGCGCAGCUCUUGCAAAGUCAUUGGUUAAAGAAUCAACAGGCUGCCAGACUCAGAUUUCCGGUUUGGUAACAGCCCUGAUUCUUUUGUUGAUCCUCUUGUUAAUAGCUCCUUUGUUCUCUUCCCUUCAGAAAAGUGUGCUUGGUGUGAUCACAAUUGUAAAUCUCCGUGGAGCCUUUCUUAAAUUUAGGGAUCUUCCCAAGAUGUGGAGGGUUAGCAGGAUGGACACAGUUAUCUGGUUUGUUACUAUGCUGUCCUCUGCACUGAUAAGUACUGAAAUAGGCCUGCUUGUCGGGGUUUGUUUUUCCAUGUUUUGUGUCAUCCUCCGUACUCAGAAGCCAGAGGUUUCACUGCUUGGCUUGGUGGAAGAGUCUGAAGUCUUUGAAUGCAUGUCAGCUUAUAAGAACCUGCAGACUAAGCCAGGUAUCAGGAUUUUCCGCUUUGUAGCCCCUCUCUACUACAUAAACAAAGAAUGCUUUAAGUCGGCUUUAUACAAAAAAACUAUAAACCCGGUCUUAGUAAAGGCAGCUCAGAGGAAGGCAGCAAAAAGAAAGAUGAGAGAGGAAACACUGACUCUUGGUAGAGUGCAGGAUGAAGUUUCAGUGCACCUUUCCCAUGAUCCUCUGGAGCUGCGUACUAUAGUGAUCGACUGCAGUGCAAUCCAGUUUUUAGAUACAGCAGGGAUCGGUAUGCUCAGAGAAGUCCGCAGAGACUAUGAAGCCAUUGGUAUCCAGGUUCUGCUGGCUCAGUGCAAUCCUUCUGUGAGGGAUUCCUUGGCCAGGGGAGAAUACUGCAAAAAGGAAGAAGAAAACCUGCUCUUCUACAGUGUGUAUGAAGCCGUGGCUUUUGCCGUGGAAGCUCAGAAACAGGAAGCAACAUGUGUUCCCAAUGGUCUGAGCCCAGGCAGGGAUUGAGAGUAUAGAUGGAAGGAAGAAUAAUGUCUCACUAAAAGGUUAAAAUUUCAAAUAUGCAAUAUGUUUUAACCUAUUGGCUAAACAUUAUUCUUCCUUUGAAGCUAAUGGCCUUUGUGUGUACUCAAAUGUUUCAGAGCUUAUAGUUGGGCAGAAUCAAAACAAAAGUAUUGUGGUUUCAAGCUUUCUUGUAGAUAUGAAAUAUUCAUGGAAUGCAAUAAGUACCUGUUGGAUUGAAAUGUAAAAUAGUCACAAAACGUAUUACCAAACUGUUUUAGAGGGUGCGACGUUUGAACUCUUCCUUCUCCAGGAGGUAAAGGGGAGAAGUCGGGGUUGGAUUUAGACGGGCUACCUUUAUGAGGCUCUGUCGAGAGAGGAAAAGGAGGCGAGGAAAGAAUGUUGCACCUGCUGUUGUAGUAGCAGAUCAGAGGCUCCUGGAGCAUGAGGUCAUAGCUAGAGCAGAUUGUUCUCAGUUGCGCUUCUCUAUUCCCAGGCUCUGCUCCCCAGGCUGCAGUAGGAUCUCUGGCUUUCUGUAGGAAAGCACCAUUCCUCUCCCUCAGGCUGCGAGCUCUGGGCGCAGUCUCUUCAGGGCUCUAACGACUGGUGGGUUUGUGAUAUCUUGACAGCCGGCCUGACAUUAUACACAACACCCUUUGUGAGACAGUUGAUGUUUUGGGCAUGCCUUUUUGUUGAGGAUAAAUUAUUUUAGAAUAAGAAGAAACCAGUGGGAGAUCUCUUUAUUUUCUGUGUUUUUUAUCUGUUGUUGUUUCUGAGAAUUUCUCUUCCGUUAUGCUUGUCUUCGUUUUUGGUUGUUGUAGUGUGUUUUCCCAUGGGUUGUGUCCUAACCUGUCUUUCUGUCAGUGACAGUCUUGCCAGACAUAAAAGCAGAGUGAUGCCUCCACAGUCUGACAGCAUGUUUUUCAAAUGCUGUUGAGCCAAACUGUCACGGACAAAUUGCCAAAAGCAGCGCCUGACAGUUUACCUUAAGAAUUGGUUCACUGGGGCAGGCAUUCGGCCCAGCAGUGAGGACAUGUGCAUCUGAGACCAGAGUGGCUGGGUUCAUGUCCACCUCUAGCUCCUGCCAGCGUGUACCAUGGGAGGCAGUGAUGAUGAGCAGGUGGCUAAGUUCCUGCCCCCCAGCUUUGGCCUUGGCCACCUCCUGCCAGCUGUCCCUGGCAUGUGGGGAGUGAACCAGCAGAUAGGAGCUCUCUCUGUCUCUGCCUCUCAAACUUUGAAAAAAUUAAAAUUAAACCUAGAAUAUUUAGGAAAUAAUAACUGGUUUGCUUAGCAGAAAAUCUAUCUUUGUUUCUCCCAGUGGCAUUUUAGCAAGGCUCUGCUGGGGGUUGACAGCUUUUCUCCUAGAGACUGCUGCAAGAAAAACUUAAUGUAACCAAUGAAAAAGAACACGCAGAAGUGGCAGAACAUUUACGAAGGACAUCCUAAGUAAUUUGUAAAAUAUUUUAGUGAAACGAAGUUUAUUGCCAUACACCCUAUUGACGUAAAAUAAAUAUUGACAGUGACAGCUUUUAACUCUUCAAAUCACCUAAAACUAUCGCCUGAGUGGAUUUAGAAGCAUCACUUUCGUAAAACCUGAGUUCUGUAUAUUAUAUUAUAAAAAAGUAUAUUAUUUAUGAUAGCUGGCCACAGGUUGUGAAUUGAGGGUAAUUUCUGUGGAAAAGCAUCAGUGUCCAAUAUUGAAAACCUAGCAUUGUGUAUCUAGACCUUGACAAUCAGGACAACAAGUUCUGGGGGCCUGCACUGUGGCUUAAAAAGUAAGGAUGCUGUGUGCAGUGUCGGCAUUCCAUGUGGGUGCUGGUUCGAGUCCUGGCUGCUCCACUUCUGAUCUAGCUCCCUUCCCUGCUAAUGUACCUGGGAAAGCUGCAGAAAACGUCCCAAGUUCUUGAGCCCCCCCACCCACUUGGGAGACCCAGAAGAAACUCCUGGGCCCUGGCAUCCGAUCUGUCCCAACUCUGGCCACAUGUGGGUUAUGAACCAGCAGACAGAAGAUUCUCUUUCUCUCUGUCUAUAACUCUACUUUUCAAAUGAAUAAGUAAAUCUUAAAAAAAAAAAAAAAAAAAGGCUGGCGCCGUGGCUUAACAGGCUAAUCCUCCGCCUUGCGGCGCCGGCACACCGGGUUCUAGUCCCGGUUGUGGUGCCGGCUUCUAUCCCGGUUGCCCCUCUUCCAGGCCAGCUCUCUGCUAUGGCCCGGGAAGGCAGUGGAGGAUGGCCCAAGUCCUUGGGCCCUGCACCCCAUGGGAGACCAGGAGAAGCACCUGGCUCCUGGCUUCGGAUCAGCGCGAUGCGCAGGCCGCAGCGGCCAUUGGAGGGUGAACCAGUGGCAACAAGGAAGACCUUUCUCUCUGUCUCUCUCUCUCUCUCACUAUCCACUCUGCCUGUCAAAAAAAAAAAAAAAAAAAGACAA